AUGGGUGUCUCGGAGAAGAUUCAUCAAAUGGAUGGCGGCGGCGUAGUGGAAUCUGAAAAGUGGGUUUUCUCCGGAAUAGCGGUGAUCAGAAGCCCGUUGAAGCCGGUUUUCACAAAACCGGCGGUGGAGAAGAAAGAGCUGCAGGAAGAUCAGGAUUGUUCCACCACUCCGACGGCGGCGGAAUCGAGAAUUCCGACAAGGCUGUCUUGCCCGCCGGCGCCAAAGAAGCGGAAGCCUUCCUCGAGAUCAUCUUCUUGCCAUAGAGAGUUUUUCAACCCGCCGGAUUUGGACACGCUUUUCGUUCGCCGCACGUGUUGA